AUGACUUCUAAAGAAGAGACUCCUGCUUACGUUCACGAUGACUACACCGGCAGCUCAGAACUGGACGCUAAAGAGACCCAGACCCAGGAAAACGAGAAGCAUGACAUUGGGGACUUGGACGUCACGAACCGCAAAGCGUUCAAGAGCGAUGAAUCCGACGGCAAGGUCCAAUGGACACCACGGACUGUUCUUGCUUUUAUAUCUCUUGCUGGGCUUAAUGCAGGCUCUCAGCUUGUGCUCUACUUUGUUGGGGGCUGUCUAUCUUAUAUUGCUGCUGAUCUUGAAGUCGGGCAAGAAGUCGCCUGGCUGCCGGUGGCAAACAUCCUGGGUGUUGCAGCUGUGGCCCCCUUUACCGGAUAUCUUGAGGAUCUCCUGGGCCGUCGAAUUAUCGCGAUAGUCGGUGCCUCUCUGCUUUGCAUUGGCUGCCUCAUUUUGGGGACUGCUCACCACUUUGGGCAAGCUCUUUGUGGCCUAUCUAUUGCGGGUGCUGGAGCUGCGGUGGGUGAAUUGACAGCACUUGCAGGAACUUCAGACAUAGUCCCUGUCAAGCAUCGCGGGCUCGCUGUUGCUGCUGUCACGGCCAUAAUCAUUCCAUUCUGUCCUUCUGUAAUGUACGCCCAACUAUUUGCUUCACACGAUACUUGGAGAUGGAGUGCAUGGAUACCUCUCAUCUACAACGGCAUGGUAGUCAUCGGUCUGUCGCUGACGUAUUAUCCAAAAACACAUCCUCGUACGCAAGGAAUGACAACCAGCAGCAUUUUGAAGCGCGUCGAUUAUCUAGGUGGAGCUCUGUCCAUUAUUGGUGUGACAUUGUUUCUUGUCGCUUUACAAUCAGGUGGCUUUACACACCCAUGGAAAAGUGCUUACGUCUUGUGCACGCUCCUGAUUGGCAUAGCUCUAAUUGUUGCCUUUGUCCUUUGGGAAUGGAAGGGAGCCAAGUAUCCAAUGGUGCCGCGAGAACUAUUCGCUGGUCAGAGAGUUGUGGCAUUGGCAUACAGCAUCGCCUUUAUUGGAGGAAUGAGCUUUUACUCGCUGCUCAACUUCUAUCCUCUACUUUAUUCUACUAUAUACAACCCGGCGCCCAUUAAGGUGGGUGUGAAGGCUCUGGGAGUGUCAUUGUGUACCACUUUUGGCGCUAUCGUGGGAAACUUACUGCUCUCGACCUCUCGAGGCCGAGCGCGAGAGAUUCUUCUUGUUGCAAGCAUCAUAAUGACCGCUUUCGACGGUGCAAUUGCGAUCGCAACUCCAUUCAAUGCAAACACGACUGUCACCGUUGGAUCUCUGGCCGGCAUUGGAGUCGGUGGCAUUCUUGUGCCCGCCGCGACAGUUGCCAUGAUUGUGGUUCCUGACUCGCUCCUGGCCACUGCUGUUUCACUCUCUUUGUCAGUUCGAACCGUCGGAGGUUCGAUCGGGUACAGUGUCUAUUACAAUGUCUUUGCCAACAAGUUGAAAGCAAAGCUACCAACCUAUGUUGCAGAAUACGCCAUUGAAGCUGGUCUGCCAAAUAAAGAAGCAGAGAUCUUUGUCAUUACAUUCUUGACAGCCCCAGCACAGGCUUCGAAGAUUUCCGGAGUCACAGCAAAAGUGCUCGAGGCAGCAGCUCUGGGUUCACGGUGGGCCUAUGCAGAAUCUUUGCAGUAUGUCUGGUACACCAGCAUUGCGUUCGGCUCCGUGGCGAUCAUACUCUGCCUGUUCUUGCCAUCAAUCAAAAAAUACGGAACGAAUCGUAUUGCGGCAGAGCUUUGA